ACGUCAUACACCGUUGGCCAAAGCGGGUGUUCUCAUCGUCGUUUCCUUCUCUUGAGUUUGAAAAUCUGUUUCGUAAAUCAUUGUGUUAAAAAAACUUGUGUGUAAAUCGAGCUUGGAGAAAUUAAAGGGCGUGUCAGAUUGGACAAAAACACGAGAAAAGCAUGGCUGCCUACGACACAGACGUGCACAGUUCUAGAAAGAAAUUACAAGAUGACGAUUCAGUGAGCUCGGGCGAUGAAAACGUGGAGAGGGGGAAUUGGUCGUCCAAGCUGGACUUCCUGUUGUCCUGUUUGGGUUACGCCGUGGGGCUGGGGAACGUCUGGAGGUUUCCUUACCUGUGUUACAGAAACGGAGGGGGAGCCUUUUUUAUCCCGUAUUGUAUCGCCUUGGCCUUCCUAGGAGUGCCUAUCUUCCUACUGGAGUUAGGCAUUGGUCAGUACUCGAGUUCCGGACCAUCUACCUGCUGGAAGUUCUCUCCAAUAUUUACAGGAAUUGGAUACGGCAUGUUCAUUGUGUCUGCCCUCGUGGCCAUUUAUUAUAACAUGAUUAUUGCCUGGGCACUUUUCUAUCUAUUUUCGUCUUUCACGAGCGAGUUGCCAUGGAAUUCCUGUGGAGAUUGGAGUACAAAUCUAUGUUACGACAAUGUCAAGAUCCUGAACAGCUCGUGGGAAACCUGUAAUGGAAACAAUAGGUGGGGCGGCAAGUGGGAGCUGAACGCCACACAGGGCAUCUGCUAUGCAACCGGGAUGUUGAACAAAAAGGAGGGUGUCCGAGCAUACCUGCAACCCGAAAAGGCCCAGAAGUACUUCCCAAGGACCCUUCCCUCUCAGGAAUACUUUGAUUACUACGUGACUGGAUCCGGAUACAGUUCCGGAUAUUCCGAUCUGGGAGGAGUCCGCUGGCAGUUGGCCCUGUGUUACCUCUUGGCUUUCAUUUGUGUCAUAUUGGCCUUAAGCAAGAGCAUCAAGUCAUCCGGAAAGGUGGUUUACUUCACGGCGACCUUCCCCUACGUUGUGCUGGUCAUCCUGCUGAUCCGUGGGCUUAUGUUGGAUGGAAUGGAGGAAGGAAUAAAGUUUUACAUCACACCAGAUUUAUCCAGACUAAGUGACGCGCAGGUGUGGAAAGACGCUGCUGUUCAGAUUUUCUUCUCUCUGUCGGCGUCCUGGGGAGGGUUGAUCGCCCUGGCUAGUUACAACAGGUUUCAUAACGACCUGAUAAGAGAUACUCUGAUUGUGGCAUUUGGCAACUGUUUGACCAGUGUGUUUGCCGGAUUCGUCAUCUUUUCUUACCUGGGCUACCUAGCUCAAUACAUGGGCAUGCCAGUAGACGAAGUCGCCAAAAGUGGACCGUCCUUGACCUUUGUCGUGUACCCGUUCGCUGUCACCAAAAUGCCGCUAUCUCCGCUAUGGGCUAUUCUUUUCUUCGUCAUGUUAAUUACCCUUGGAGUGGACAGCGAGUUUGUGUUAGUGGAAACCGUCAUUACCUCGCUGACGGACAGAUUCCCCAAACUCCGUAAAUACAAGUUAUUCACCGUGAUGGCUGCUUGUUGUAUCUUCUUCCUGCUCGGCCUAACGUUAACGACCGAUGGCGGUAUAUACAUGUUAGAAAUCAUGGACACGUAUUCAGGAGGAUGGAGUAUUCUGUUCAUCGCUAUCUUUGAAUGUAUCUCCGUUGGUUGGAUUUAUGGUGUCUUCCGGUUCCUGGACGACAUUAAGCUGAUGACGGGGAAUACUUUCUGUGCUUGUUACCCAUUCAUCAUCUUCAAGUACUGGUGGAUGUUAUGUUGGUGUUUUUUCACGCCCCUCCUGGCGGCCGUCAUUAUGGUGUUCUCAUGGGUGGACUACACGGGGAUGGAUAAUGGCAAAGAGUAUGACGUGUACGCAGACUUGAUGGGAUGGGGUAUGACGCUGGUCACUAUCGUCUGUAUUAUCGGUACCGCAAUUUACGUCAUCUGCAAAUCCGGUGGGAAUAUCAAGAAAGCAAUAAAACCCAGUAUUGAAUGGGGCCCAGCCCUCGUGAAACACCGACGGGAGGCCGAGUACCACACAAAGAGAUACACCACGGACUUCGUCAUCGAUCCAUGGGGUCUGGAGACGGUCACUCCCAACGAUGUCCAGCUACAGGAUGGUAAACGUGGAAUUGACAACGAAGGUUAUUCCAACAUCAAGGUUUAAUCACCUCGUCCUAGUGACAUUAACUGACAUUGUGUAUUUCGGACAAACGUGGCCGACACAACUCCAUUUGAUUUUUUAACGCAAUUCAUAUUUUAUCAAGACAAAUUUUACCCUGGAAUCGUCUGUUGUACAUAUACAUUACUGGAUAUGAUGAGUUGUCAUUUCAUGUAUUGACAAAAGCAACAACAACAAAAACCCACCAAUUGACGAAAUGGAAGUAUGACGAAUAUAUAUAUAUAUAUACAGAAUUGUAGCUGAAUUAACCAGCGAUGAACUUUUGCUGGCUUGAUUUACAACACUUUGUAAACAAUCCCGCCAAUAAACUUUCUGCACCUGGACAUUUCCCGCCAAAUAAACUUUCUGAACCUAGAAAUUAUUCCGCCAAAUAAACUUUCUGGGUCGUGGAAAUUAAGUUAAUGCUAUCCCAACAAAUAAAUUUAUUGGACAUGGAAAUGUUCCCGCCGAAUAAAGUAGAUAUGGCUGAUGUCAAAGGUGAACAAUCGCCAAUUCAUUCCAUGGGAUUUUUUUUUUAGAAUGAAGUCUUAAUUUGUGAUAGAUAUUGAAUAUGCAUAAUAGAAAAAACACAAACGUUUUACUUUUUGUGUCUGAGUGCAUUUUACAUUAAUUUUACAACUGGUGACUUAUCACUAUUUAUGUGUACAUAUAUUGUAGAAUUAUACCUUCCCAAUUAAUGUUAGUGCUGUAUAUACAUCAUAUUACAUAUAUACAUAAAGUGACAAUUACCGCAUGCUUUAUGCUGAUGGAUUUAUAUAUAUAUAAUAAAUUGUUUCCAAAUA